AUGGGUAAAGAAGGAGACCCCGGUGGCGAAGCCACACAGCCCAAACCACAAGAUCCAAAAAUCCAGGCAGCGAAAGUUCAUAUGCUGGAUGGUACCAUUCGAGAGUUUAAUCUUCCGAGAGGUUCAAAGGGAGACACUCUUUUCACUAUGGUUAGUACUGAGAUA